AUGCAAGGUUUACAAGCACCUUCACGAGGAUUUUGUGGACUUAUUAAACCCGGUUGUUCAGGUAAUUUUCGGGGAGAUUCAUGUAGUUCAACAUCAUCAAGUAUUCGUGAGCAAUUAGCCAAUGGCCUGCUGAAAGUGGAACUGGGUGAAUACACAUUAUCUGUGCUAUGCGAAUUGACCAAUCCUAAUGACACAUUUGAAUAUCACGUACGUCGGUUUCCAUCGAAAAUUAUGCCAACAUUUUGUACGUAUAAAAUAAAAAACAAUCAGGUUAGACUACGAUUACGAAAAGCCUGUGGUUCUGACCAAUGGGCAGGUGUAUUGGCUGUUAGGGGUUUAGAUCAAAGUUGA